GCGGGUCCGUGAAGGGGAACGAGCGCGAACGGAACAAACGGAACCUCAUAAAAAGGGGGUGCGUGCCACCGGAGAGCCAUAGAGAAACGGAGGAGCUCACAGAGACAUCACCGGGAGACGGCGACAGACGGCCACGCCACCGGCGUACUGGUGAGGAGGAGAAGCAGGAAAGAGCUGCGUUUUCGGACAGACGAUCUGACACACAGCGAGAGAGAGUCUGGCCGGGCAUCCCUCAGGAUGAAGAAAAGCCGGAGUGCACACGGGGUUACGCCAGGCGAUGAGAAUAAGGAGCCUCCUGUGGGACAAUUCUCCACCAGCAGCACCCUCGGGGUUGAGGUGUGCAAAGUCCACAGGCGGUUUUCUGGCAACCUGCAGCUGCCUCCGUUGUCAUGGCGACAGGCCGAAAAGGAGAGCUACAGGGUCAGGCCGCUCACGCCAGAAGAAGACCCGGUGACCCGAACCAGACCCACAAGCCUGCCCAUCGUCUCCCUGCCUCGCAUCGACAUCACACAGGCCGACCCUAACAGCUUUGAAGUGGAGAAUGGUGCAUCACUGUGCUGCAGUCCGUCAGAUCCUCAGGCGUCCCCUGGUUCUGGUUUGGUUCUACAUCCCAACCUGGCAGGCCACGGCCAGCGCCGAGAGUCCUUCUUGUACCGCUCUGACAGCGACUAUGAACUAUCUCCAAAGUCUUUGUCUAGAAACUCUUCCAUUGUUGGAGAAUUACAUGGAGAGGACUUGAUUGUGACUCCAUUUGCUCAGGUUCUGGCAAGCCUUCGGACUGUUAGGAACAACUUCACCACCUUGACAAAUGUGCAGUGUGUAUCUAAUAAGAGAUCUCCUGCUGCAAAUCAGCCCUGCGCCACCAAAGUCUGUCUGUCAGAUGAGUCCUACCAGAAGCUGGCUAUGGAGACCAUGGAGGAGCUGGACUGGUGUCUGGACCAGUUGGAGACCAUCCAGACCUACCGGUCUGUCAGCGACAUGGCCUCCAACAAGUUCAAGAGGAUGCUGAACCGGGAGCUAAGCCACCUGUCUGAGAUGAGCCGCUCAGGCAACCAAGUGUCAGAGUACAUCUCCAACACAUUCCUAGACAAGCAGAAUGAGCUGGAGCUUCCGUGUCCAGUUCCAAAGUCGAGGGACAGGAAGCGCCGGCAGGGCCAGCAGCAGCAACAGCAGCAACAGAGUGGGAUGAUGACACAGAUUAGCGGGGUGAGGAAGGUCAGCCAUACGUCCAGCAUCUCUGGAAGCAUCGGAAAUCGCUUCGGGGUCAAGACAGACCAGGAGGAGCUGCUGUCGAAGGACCUGGAGGACAUCAACAGAUGGGGGCUGAAUAUCUUCAAAGUGGCUGAACACUCCCACAACCGACCGCUCACAUGCAUCAUGUACACCAUCUUUCAGGAGAGAGACCUGAUGAGGACGUUCAAGAUUCCAACAGACACCUUUGUGACGUUCAUGCUGACCUUAGAGGGCCACUAUCACUCGGACGUGGCCUACCACAACAGCCUGCAUGCUGCCGAUGUAGCCCAGUCCACACACAUCCUCCUGUCCACUCCUGCACUGGAUGCCGUCUUCACUGAUCUGGAGAUCUUGGCAGCAAUUUUCGCCGCAGCCAUUCACGACGUGGACCACCCAGGAGUGUCCAACCAAUUCCUCAUCAACACCAAUUCUGAGCUGGCUCUGAUGUACAAUGAUGAGUCAGUGCUGGAGAAUCACCACCUGGCCGUGGGCUUCAAACUGCUGCAGGAGGACAACUGCGACAUCUUCCAAAACCUCACCAAGAAACAAAGGCAGACGCUCCGGAGGAUGGUCAUAGACAUGGUUUUGGCAACUGACAUGUCGAAACACAUGAGUCUGCUGGCUGAUCUGAAAACAAUGGUGGAAACCAAGAAGGUGACCAGCUCUGGUGUCCUGCUGUUGGACAAUUACACAGACAGAAUGCAGGUUCUGCGUAACAUGGUUCACUGUGCAGACCUGAGCAACCCCACCAAGCCUCUGGAUCUGUACCGGCAGUGGACCGACCGGAUCAUGGACGAGUUCUUCCACCAGGGAGACAGAGAGAGGGAGAGAGGGAUGGAGAUCAGCCCCAUGUGUGAUAAACAUACGGCUUCAGUUGAGAGAACUCAGGUCGGCUUCAUUGAUUACAUCGUGCAUCCUCUGUGGGAGACGUGGGCCGACCUGGUCCAUCCCGACGCCCAGGACAUCCUGGACAUGCUGGAGGACAACAGGAACUGGUACCAGAGCAUGAUCCCCCAGAGCCCGUCUCCUCCUUUCUACAUCAGCGACGGAGAAGGAGGCCCACAUGAGCAGGUGGAGGGGGGACCCGUGGCGAGCAAAUUUCAGUUUGAACUGACGCUGGACGACCAGGACAAACAGGGCGGAGACGGCGGCAUGAUGGACACAGCUGAGGGAUGUGACCACAUGACGCUCCCAGAUCACCCCUCCGAUCAGGACAGGGUUGAAAUGACGACGCGUGACGUCUCCCCGGCAGAAACAUAGCUGAACUGGUGUUUUUGGAGCUGCAGCAGAUUUUGCUGAUUUAAUUUUUAUUGCAGUGGAGCAAUCCUGCAAUCUGGAGCUGCCUGGCUCAGAGGGCCUGACUGACUGCGGGGCACCCCUGCAAACGAAGCUUGGAAACCCUGCGGCAGUUUGUUUUUGAGCCCCGUAGAUGGGAGCCUGAAGAGUGUCGCCUCUGUUCUUUAAAGAAGGGACUACUGUGAGGCUGAGCUGAAUCUGGUUUCUUCCAGACAAAGAAUGUGAAGUGGACGGUAUGCAUCCGUGUACUGGGACAAGUAAAAAUUCCAAACUUGCACUUCAGGACAUUUUUUUUUUUUUUUAAUGUUCAUUUAGAUUCUUUGUAUUGUCUCGAGACUGGAUGCCAUUUGAUCGUGUCCAAACGAAACUACUGGUCAGCAAGUUAUUUGUGACCCAGUAGUUUUUUUAACACUUGUCUAAAAGUAGUGUGCCUUUUUUGUUUGUUUUUUUUUAAACCAUGUCUUUUUGUAAGCGUUUUUAUAAUUUAUUGAGCACAUUCAUGUAGCUGUAAAAUGUGUCUGGUUUUCUACACAAAGGACACACUUGUCUCACAGUCUUCCUAAUGUUCUGGCAAUAGUAUAAGCUUGUUUUCAUGAAAGCGUUCAGUGGAUGUAUUUCUUAAAUCAGUUGACUUCCCAGCACAUAUGCACUUUGUGGCAUACUGUAAAAUGAAGAGAGCCUGGACACCAUCAGUAACCAACAUGUAAAACCAAAUAUUUUAUGAGAUUCAUCCAAAUAUUUUUUCCCAAUAAUUUAUUACUUAAGAAUUAAGUAGUUCAGAGAUCAGAAUCAUUGAAAGUCCAAAAACAUUUUGCAUGUUUUAGUCCAAAAACGAAUAUCUCCAAAAAUCUAAAGAAAGCACUUUGAUGAAUUCACUGCCACCUCUGAGUCAAACUUCCAACCGUAGAUCACAUUGAUUCCUCGCGUCUUCCUGUAGCUUGUCGGAAAGUUCACACGAAAGAGAGGCCACCAAAUUUUCUCCCAACAUCAUACAAAAUAAAGGUAUAAAAUCCCUUCUUUUGCUCUGAGCUCUUCCACUUUGGAAUAACUGUUUCCACUCUGUGAUUCCCCUUUUCAUCGCUCACCUGUCGUGGUUGGCAGCAUUCCAUUGUCGUGAACAUGCUUUACACCCCUUUGAAUGACUGUAAGACUGUGUGCACAUUUUAAGAAAGACACCUUUUAGCGAUAGGAUAAUUGUAUCUUGUAGUUUUUAUCGCAGCACUUUGAAUAUGUCGACAGUUCUGCAGCUGGUUGCUGAUCUGUCUAACACUACCUUAAAGGUACCAUAAUGUAUGGGGAAUGAGGGGAGAACAAUUGCAUGUCAUAACAUGGCAUUCCUCUCGUGUGUGUGUGUGUGCGCGUGUGUGAGUGAGCGUGUGAGUCGCACAAUCUUGUUGCACCCAGCUGUGUUGUGCUGACCCUUAAGCUGUUUGUAACAGUGUAUUUAUUACCUUCUCCUUGUAUAUGAUGAUAUUGAUUGAUAAUAUUCACUGUAUACUGGUUUUUAUUUAUAUGCACUACCACGUGUCAAAUCACAUUGACUGAACUCGUCCGGUGGUUCGUCUGUUUUCAGCAGGCGAUUUUGCUACGAGACCAUAACACGAAGUUAUGCAGGUCAUUUUUUUGACAAUUUGAAAACUGUCUGUUUGUAAAUUCCAGCCAGAAAUGUUUGUACAGUGUAAAACGACGCCUCACGUGAGGUGCAGCAGAAGCUUUUUAGUCUUUGGUUCCUGGCGGAUUACGAAGGCUGGAUAUUUACUGGAGUCUCUUGUGUACGGUGACGGGUCAUUGUACAGCUAUAGGAAUAUUUGCUGAAAUAUAUAGCAUUGUUUCAGAUGUAUUUUUUCAGUGUUUUCCUCACAGUAUAUGGUCAAAUGGUGUAUGUUGUGCUCAAAAAAAUGUUUUUUAUCAGACUAUUAAAAUGGGCAUGUAUAACAGAA